AUGGUUGUUAGCAAGCAAUCUCAGAAACACUUGCCAGGUUUAAACCAAAAUUGUGCACGAGAGAAAGGGUUGGCUGUCACAAGUGAUCAUAAUCUCAGAGCUACUAAAAGUUCUAAUAACGCCAAUCCAGUAGAUUCAACACAUCAGAUGCAGUUUGUGCUACAAGGCCAACACCAACAAGGUCAACACCCCGGAUCAACUGGGAAUCUAGUGCAUGGUCCUGCAUUCAUAUUUUCACCGGCCCAUUAUCAAGCAUCGGUUGCAGGAGCUUCUAAUCAGGUGGGAGGUGCGAAUUCUCCUAACAAUGCUUCCUCAUCUAAUAGGUCCCGGCAUUCAAUUGCCGAAUCUCUCUGUACAUCCUCAACUUUGCCAGCAGCUGCUUCUGCAAUGAGCCUCUAG